CGCGCACACCCGCGCCUGCCCGAGGGGCCUCGCCGCAGCCGCAGCCGCAGCCAUGCCCUUCCUGGGGCAGGACUGGCGCUCGCCGGGGCAGAGCUGGGUGAAGACGGCGGACGGCUGGACGCGGUUCCUGGAUGAGAAAAGUAGCAGCUACGUGAGCGACCUCAGCAGUUACUGCAAAAAGGAGGACCGCAAUAAGGAGAAUCUUUUCACCGGCAUGAGCUAUGAUGUUGCUGCCAAGAAGAGAAAGAAGGACCUGCUGAAUAACAAAACCAAGAUUCAGUACUUCCAUCAAGAAAAAUGGAUAUAUGUUCACAAGGGAAGCACAAAAGAACGUCACGGCUACUGUACCUUGGGAGAAGCUUUCAAUAGACUUGACUUCUCCAGCGCUAUUCUGGAUUCCAGAAGGUUCAACUAUGUUGUUAGGCUGUUGGAGCUGAUAGCAAAGUCUCAGCUAACAUCACUGAGUGGAAUUGCCCAGAAAAACUUCAUGAACAUCUUGGAAAAAGUGGUGCAGAAAGUCCUUGAAGAUCAGCAGAACAUCAGGCUAAUAAAGGAAUUGCUUCAGACUCUCUAUCAGUCACUAUGUACCCUGGUUCAAAGAGUAGGCAAGUCGGUUCUGGUUGGAAACAUCAACAUGUGGGUGCACAGAAUGGAGGCUAUCCUUCACUGGCAGCAGCAGCUGAACAACAUCCAAAUCACCAGGCCUGCCUUUAAAGGAACAACCUUUACCGACCUGCCAUUGUGUUUACAAUUAAAUAUCAUGCAGCGGCUAACUGAUGGGAGAGACCUAGUCAGCCUUGGUCAAGUUGCCCCUGAGCUGCAGGUGCUCAGUGAAGACCGACUGCUAUGGAAGAAACUCUGCCAGUACCACUUCACAGACCGACAGAUUCGCAAACGGCUUAUUUUAUCAGAUAAGGGGCAGUUAGAUUGGAAGAAGAUGUACUUCAAACUUAUAAGGUGUUACCCAAAGAGAGAGCAAUAUGGAGACACACUGCAGCUCUGCAGACACUGUCACAUUCUCUCCUGGAAGGGUACAGAUCAUCCUUGCACAGCCAAUAACCCAGAGAGCUGCUCCAUUUCACUUUCACCACAAGACUUUAUCAACUUGUUCAGGUUCUGAAUCCGGGGUCUUCACAGCAUACUAGAUUCUUUUAGAGGACACUUUAUGCUGCUGAGCUUGGACACUCAACUUGUAAAUAGUGUAAAUGUCUGUGAUGGUUUGAAGCUCCUGAGGCAAAUGAGAAGAGGAAUUUGAAGACAAGAGGUGAAAUUGCUCGCUGACACUCUAUUUAAGUAGUAAGAGACUCCAAACAAGACUGGUGUGGAAAGCAGCAUGUUGUAAAAAGUUCCUUUUCUUGAUCAGAGUACAAGAUACAGGACAAACUUGUCUCAGUUUUAGAAGUUAAAACUGAAUUUUCCCCUCCACUUCUGGCCAUUUGAACAUAUUUUUUUUUCAGGUUCUAAUAAUUGAAAAGGAAGCAAUAUGAGUUGAGGACUGUUGAACUGUUCCUCCAUCUGGUUGUUAUUUACAACAGAUAUUUAUAAAUAUGACUUUAAAAUAUUUAUGGGGAAAAACAUCCCUCUGACAAGUUUUAAUAACAUUUGUGUGAGAUUAAAAAAAAAUUGGAUCCAUUCUGAAAUAUAUAUCAUGUAUAGGACUUUAUCCUACUUAAAAACAAAAAUCACACACCACACCAUUUUCUACCUCUGAGGAAGAAUAUCUUUCAGCAAAAAUCCAGUGUGCAAUGUGAACUUUUGUAUUUUGUAUUUUGAUUUAAAGGGAACUGAUGUUUUGUGAGUAAGCAUUUUUCCUUCACAUUUUAAUGCUUACAUUUUUCAUUGGUUUUCUUGCUCUACGCAGUGCUUGAUUGCCUAGACAAUAGGCACCUUAGAAAUACCUAAGAUUUUACUCCAUCCUCUUUUGAAUUUGUUUUAAGAUUUAAGCAAAAAAAAACACACCAGGGUAUGGUUAUAUUUAACAAGGGAAUGUGAUGGAUUUGAAGGGACCAGAUCUAACCUCUUACAGUGUAAAUAGUUGACAAUAAUUUCUGAUUUUUUUCCAUGGAAUUAUGCUGAGUUUACACUGAUCUGAGAGAUUAGGAUGUGGUUUGUUGGCCCCUGGUUUGGUUUUUUGUGUUGUUACUAUCAAUAUACACUACAUUACAUAUAAUGUACCACAUGCUCCCAAUUAAAGUCAAGUGGAAUUUCAUCCUCAAAGGAAUCUAACGCCCUGAAAACUGGUGCAACUUGGAGAAGCAAAACUCCAUGGAAGCCAAUGGAAUUGUACCAAACUACAUUCCCUGAGGAUCUGGUCCAUGAUGGUUAUCUUGAAUGCUGUUAGUUUUAUAUUUGAUGUAACA